AUGAAAGAUCUGCGACACGAAUCGCCCGGCCCAGCUCCCCUGCUAGCCGCUCUGGAUGUGAAACGCCAGGUUCAUUUAAUUGUCGGAGCGAACCCUCUGGCAGCUGCGCGGUGCACCAAGUGUCUUGACGCCGGGGCAAUUCCUAUUGUCAUUGCACCUGAAGGGGUGGAAAUUCAUGCCCCGCUUUUGCAAAAAUUUGAGGAUGGUCGGGUACGCCGGAUUGCAAGAAGCUUUCAGGAUGAUGAUUUGAAAACAUUUGGGAGAGACGAGGUGGAUAAUUUCGUCGAUGUUGUGUUUGUUACUCUUGGGGGCAAUAAUCCUUUGAAAACAUUGGGCACAGUCAGGCGGCGUAUCUGGGAGGAAGACCAUACCAUAAACAUUCCGCCCGAAAAUCUCCCCUUCGAGGCUGAUGAUGACUCCACGGCGCAGAAACAUACCUUCAACUCGCUGGUGACACCAGAGGACAAUGAAGCAGCGAAAACUCGCAAAAUGCGCUGGCUAUCACAAAUAUGUGAAUAUUGGCCUCUUCGUUUGUUGGCUUCGAUCACUGACGCAGAUGUGGAUGCUAUACUUGGAGCAUAUCGAUCAGCAAGUGGCAAAACUUCUUCCACGUUUGAGAGUGGCCUGCCUUUACCUCCUAAGAAAGGAAAAAUCAUCCUUGCAGGAUCCGGACCAGGACACCCGGAUCUACUUGCCAAAGCGACCCACAACGCAAUUAAAACCGCAGAUCUCAUCUUAGCCGACAAAUUGGUUCCCGCCCCCGUUCUAGAUCUCAUCCCUCGGCGAACAGAAGUCCACAUCGCUCGUAAAUUCCCCGGAAACGCAGAUAAGGCGCAAGAGGAGUUACUCGAAAUGGGCAUAGCCGCACUGAAAGCUGGAAAAACUGUGCUAAGACUCAAACAAGGAGAUCCAUAUCUUUACGGCCGCGGGGCCGAAGAAUACGACUUCUUCAGGAAUAAGGGAUAUAUCCCCGCCGUUCUCCCAGGUAUCACUAGUGCAUUGAGUGCGCCGCUCUUUGCAGAUAUACCCGCCACACAUCGUGGUGUUUCUGAUCAGGUGCUAAUCUGCACGGGAACGGGACGCAAGGGAGCAGCUCCAGCGCCACCUAGCUAUGUACCUACCCAGACGGUUGUUUUCUUGAUGGCGCUGCACAGACUCUCCUCUCUCAUUGAGUCACUUACCAGUCGUUCUGAAACGGAUGAGAGCCCUAUGUCCCGAGCCCUUUGGCCAAAAGAUACCCCUUGUGCAGUGAUUGAGAGAGCGUCAUGCGCCGAUCAGAGAGUCAUACGGUCAACGCUAGAGCAUGUCUGUUUAGCAAUUCAGGAAGAAGGAUCUAGGCCACCAGGACUCCUUGUUGUUGGCGCGAGCUGUGGGGUACUUCAUCCGUUGACGAAUACAAAAUGGUCGGUUGAAGAUGGGUUCAAAGGUCUGGACGAGUUGGGGAAGGAUGAAGAAAUGUCUGUUAUCAAUGAGUUGGGGGUUAUCGACAAGAUCUAA